UCCGCGGCGGCUGCGGUUUUGAACGUCAUCGCGGGCGCGACGCCCCGAGGGACGGUCUGGGGUCCGGGGCGGUGCGGGGCGAGACCGGCCGGGAAGAUGCCAGUGGCGGUGAUGGCGGAAAGUGCCUUCAGUUUCAAAAAGUUGCUGGAUCAGUGCGAGAACCAGGAACUCGAGGCUCCUGGAGGAAUUGCUACACCCCCAGUGUAUGGUCAGCUUCUAGCUUUAUAUUUGCUCCAUAAUGACAUGAAUAAUGCAAGAUAUCUUUGGAAAAGAAUUCCACCUGCUAUAAAAUCUGCAAAUUCUGAACUUGGGGGAAUUUGGUCAGUAGGACAAAGAAUCUGGCAGAGAGAUUUCCCUGGGAUCUACACGACCAUCAAUGCUCACCAGUGGUCUGAGACGGUCCAGCCAAUCAUGGAAGCACUUAGAGAUGCGACAAGGAGACGAGCCUUCGCCCUGGUCUCCCAAGCAUAUACAUCAAUAGUAGCCGAUGACUUUGCAGCCUUCGUUGGACUUCCUGUAGAAGAGGCUGUGAAAGGUAUAUUAGAACAAGGAUGGCAAGCCGACUCCACCACAAGAAUGGUUCUGCCCAGAAAGCCAGUUGCAGGGGCCCUGGAUACUUCCUUUAAUAAGUUUAUUCCCUUGUCAGAGCCUACACCAGUUCCCCCAAUCCCUAAUGAACAGCAAUUAGCCAGACUGACCGAUUAUGUGGCUUUCCUUGAAAACUGAUUUAUCACCCUGAGUUCAAGAUCCACCUUCAGAAUUCUGCGUACUGACAAAUAUAGAAAUGUAAAAUGUUUAUUUUCAAUUUAUUAGGUGGAUUAAGCACCUCAGCAUUCCUUACUGAAUAUGAGAUAUGAUACAUAUAUAAUAUAAGGUAUAUUAUAUGUGUUUGUCCUAAAACAUUAUGCUGAAUAGUUGUUGAAACAAUGCUUAUUUUGUAAUAUUUAACGAUCUGGAUGGAGCCAUCAGUAUUAUGUGGUUAGUUUAUAUUUUGUAGUGACUCAUAAAAUAAGAUCUCCUGUUUCAUGUAGAACAGUAGUUGUCAACUUUAUUUUCCCUGCCCCAGCACAGGCCAAACUCUUAUCUGUACCACUGGUUGAUAAUUGUAGUGAUUCAUUUGGAGUUUGAGGAGAACUGUCCCCAGGGGCAAUAUCUGAAUUGCUGUGAUUCACCUUCUUUGUAGAAUAUGCUCUCUUUUCUCCCCAUGUCCUGAGAGCUACUAAUGCCGAAUACAGAAAUACAGCUGAGGAACAAAUAAACCAUUCUCAUAGUAAACCAGUUUGUUAACUUUAGAUUUUUUUUCCAGUAGUGUGAGUACACCCAUUGCUGGCAGUGGAGGGCUUGCAAUGAAAAUGGGACUUAAGACAUUCAUGAGAAGUAUUAAGUUGUGCUGGGUCCUUUCAGAAGGUAAACUUAGGUAUGGAAUAUGUUAUAUGUGGAAAGGAGCUAUUACGUGAUACACUUUGUACAACCAUCCUGCAGCCUAUUGGUUGCUUAUAUUUAUCUCUUGAUUCAAGUUCUGCCCUUUGGAGAAAUACUGAACAAGUCUUUUAUUCUUUGUGUGACAGCCCUCUGAGUAUUUGAAGUUGUUUGUUAUGUUUUCAGGUUAAAACAUCCCUUCCCCUUAGUUCAUUUAUUCUGCAUUUGUUCAAUAAAUAUUUAACUAAAUUCUU